CGGGGCUGUGUCUCGAAUCUCGACCCACACUUCUCGCUCCGCUCUUCGUCGCACUCCCUCUCCCUCUCUCUCGGAGUCUCGGUCGGGGUCUCUCUCGCCGCACCAUGGAGACGGCGCAGGAAAGGGAGGUGCAGCUGCUGCAGGGCAGGCAGGCGUGGCCGUUCCACGCGAUGGGGAUGGGGGUGGCGUCGGCCGGCGGCGGCUGCUUCGACGGCUACAGCACCGGCGGCGACUGCUUCUUGCUCGGGUGGGAGCAGCAGCAGCCGGCGCCGGCGGCAUUCGGCUGCUUCGGCCUCCUCGCCGCCGACGUGCACGACCUCUUCCCACUCUUCGCGGGCAUGGAGUCGCCGCGGGCGGUGGUGCCCUCCUCCUCGGCGCUGGCUGCCGCCCCGCCGGCGCACGACGCGGUGGCCGCGGUCCCCGGCGAGCUCGACGACCUCCUCCUGAACUUCUGGGACGCGAGCUGCCACGACGGCGACGUGGGCGGGCAGCGGCACGACGACGCCUUCAAUUCCACCUGCGAGCAGGCGACGACGACCUGCCCCGCCGCUGCCGCUGCCGCUGCCACCGCCACCAACUCCUUCUUCCACUACGACGAUGGCGACGACCCCUUGAGCUCCAUUUUCGGCACCGGGCCCACGCCGCAGCCCGCGGAGAAAGCGGUGGUGUUCCAGGCCCCCGCCGCAGAGCCCCUCCUCAGCUCGUCCUCCUCCAACUCCAACUGCCGCGGGGCCCCGCGCGCCGGCGACGCUGGCGGGGCCCGGGCGCACGCUCAGGGCCCCGCGGCCACGCCGACGCCGACGCCGGGCGCCGCGCGGGCGCAGACCCCGCCGCUGCCGAGGAGCUCCGGCACCUCCACCCCGUCGCUGAAACGCGCGACACGCGAAGAAGCAGAGUCGGCGGUGGAGCGCGGCCAGAGCGAGAGCAGCAAGCGGCGGAGGACGGCGGCGGCGGCACCAGCAGCAGCGCCGGCGGGGGUGCUGUGCCCGUUCGCGCUGCUGAAGCCCGACGGCCUGGACGGCGGCGCGACGCUGGCGGACAUCAACGCGCGCAUCCUGAUGCGGCCCGCGCGCCCCGUCCGGCACCCCGUGGGCGAGUUCGCGUGCGCGCCGCGGGUGUCCGCCGACCAGCCCGGCAUCUCCGGCAAGGCCGUGUCCAGCUUCACGCGCCUGCACACCCCCGGCCGCGGCACCAUCACCAUCAUAAGGACGCGAGGCUAGCGGCACAGCUGCUGAUGCUGAUGUAGAUUAGCUAUCCUGGCUAAGUGACUGGACCUCCCUGCUGCAAUGCCGUGUAAAUUACAUGACGAGUAACUUGUAAAUCGAACGAAUAAAUCUGAUCUUCCAAUGUUUUCCUCC